ACUUUCACUCAUCCCUUGGCAUUGUUUACCACCAUCACACACCUAUACUCCCAAGGUAGUGAACACCGAUCAGCAAACCCAUAACAAGAGGCCUAUAACCGCCAGCCAUAUCCCAAUAACGCCUCAGAAACCACACACAGCACAACAUGGCAGUGCCCGCUCUGCUCUACUCAGAGCUUCAGAAGCUCGUCGAUACCUUGGAGAAGGAGCGCAAGCUCCUCAAGGAAGCGUACAAUACCAUAUCCCAGUUCCCCCAUUCAGACACACCCUCCGAAAAGCUAUGGCCGGCCCUCUCUGGCGAGAUUUUGCUCGCCCAGAUAUGGCUCCAAUCCAACCAGUCGAUGUCCCAGUUUCACGACCUUCUCUUGCGUGAGGAAUUAACAUGCUCCCAAAAGGUCCAUGAGCUGCGCCAAGCCCAGAUUCGACUUACACCUACCGCGGAGCAGCAGGUUUUGCUAAUCCAGGCCCAGAAGGAUGAGCGCAUUCGACUAGCCGAGAUUUCCAAGGAAGAAAAGGUGCGACUGGCCGAGCUUGCCAAGGAAGAAAAGGCGCGACUGGCCGAGCUUGUCAAGGAAGAAAAAGUGCGACUGGCCGAGCUUGUCAAGGAAGAAAAAGUGCGACUGGCCGAGAUUGCUAGGGAGGACAAGGUGCGGCUGGCCGAGAUUGCCAAGGAUGAAAAGACGCAUAUGGCAGCGACGGAAAUGGCCAAGGAGAUCCAACUGGAGGAGUUGGUCAAUAAACGGGACAUACGGAUGAACGAGCUGCAGGUCGAGGAAAACAAGAUACGGGCAGAGACGAUGAAGUACGAAUUGACGACUAGGACACUUGCGGACAAGAAGACUAAAGCACAGUUGAACCUGAAGACGCCGGAGGUGUUGAAGAUCGAGAGCCAGGCGAAAAAUUAUGGGUGGGAAAUUGAGGACUUCAACGAGAUCUGCAACCUUACCCGUCCCAGGAGGGGAGGGGAGGGAGAAUGAGCGUGAAAGAAAAAAAUUCAGCGGGCCGAGAUUAUGAUUAGAAACCUUUAUUUGAUGACGAGGAAGAGUAACCGACGUUUUUUGAAAGGACUAGUGCUCAUUGAAGUUAGCAGGCGGAUUUAUUUAUUACGAGGAUGAAGUCUUGACAUGCAGGAAGCGAUUGAGCUGUCGAACCAUGAGGUUCUUUGCAUUUUGCGAAUAAACAAAAGUAAUGAUAGA